AGCGUCGCGGCGGACAUGGCGCGGCAGUGGGGGCCCUCCCUGAGGGCGGCCGAGAAGGCCGGCUGCGUGGUGAGCGCCUCCCGGGCCGGGCAGCCCGCGGCGGGCUCGUGGAGCUGCAGCGGGGUGAUCGUGAGCCGCGGCCCGGACCUGGUGCUGUGCCACGGGGGCAUCCUCACCCCCUUCCUGCGGGCCGGCAGCGCGGCGCUCACGGCGGCCGGCGCCGCCUUCCUGCGCGGCGACAGUUGCGGCGACGACCUGCGCCUGCACGUGCAGUGGGGCCCGGCGGCCGCGAGCCCCGCGGGCGGCGCGGAGCGGGGCCGGGCCGGGCUGUGCACGCCCCAGUGCUCGGCCCCCGAGCCCGGCCCGCCGGCCCGCCCCCGCGGGCGCCCCCUGCAGCCGCCGAGGCCCGCCGAGCUGCUGCUGCUGCUGAGCUGCCCCGCCUUCCGGGCCCACUUCGCGCGCCUCUUCGGGGGCGAGGCGGCCGAGCAGUGGCGCUUCGCGAGCGCGGCGCCGGACGACCAGGUGUCGGAGGAGGAGGAGGAGGACCAGCUGAGGGCGCUGGGCUGGUUCGCGCUGCUGCGGGUGCGGCGGGGCCAGGAGCAGGAGCCGGCGGAGCGCGGGCCGGCCGUGGCCGUGGCGCCCCUCGGGGCCGUGCCCAAGGGCGCGCCGCUGCUGGCCUGCGGCUCCCCGUUCGGCGCCUUCUGCCCGGACAUCUUCCUCAACACGCUCAGCCGCGGGGUGCUCAGCAACGCCGCGGGCCCGCUGCUGCUCACCGACGCGCGCUGCCUGCCGGGCACCGAGGGCGGCGGCGUGUUCGCGGCGCGGCCCGCGGGGGCGCUCGUGGCGCUGGUGGCCGCGCCGCUCUGCUGGAAGGCCCGCGAGUGGGUGGGCCUGACGCUGCUGUGCGCCGCCGCCCCCCUGCUCCGCGCCGCGCGGGCCGCGCUCGGCCGCCCGGGCCCCGGCGCCCCGGGCCUGGCCGCCCUCCUGCCGCCGGAGGUGGGCGCCCCGUGGGGCCUGCCCCUCCGGGCGCCCGGGCCCCCGUGGGCAGCCGCGGCCGUGCUGGUGGAGUGCGGCGCCGUCUGGGGCUCCGGAGUGGCCGUGGCGCCCCGCCUCGUGGUGACCUGCCGGCACGUGGCCCCCCGGGAGGCGGCCAGGGUCCUGGUGCGCGCCACGCCCCCCAAGAGUGCUAUGAUCUGGGGACAUGUGGUGUUUGCCACCCAGGAGACCUCUCCCUAUGACAUAGCGGUCGUGAGCCUGGAGGAGGACUUACAGGGGAUCCCCCUGCCUGUGCCAACUGAGCACUUCCACGAAGGUGAAGCUGUCAGUGUGGUGGGCUUUGGCGUCUUUGGCCAGGCUUGCGGGCCCUCGGUGACCUCAGGCAUCCUGUCAGCCGUGGUGCGGGUGGAUGACACACCGGUGAUGCUACAGACCACAUGUGCUGUGCACGGCGGCUCCAGCGGGGGACCCCUCUUCUCCACCUGCACAGGAGACCUCCUGGGCAUCGUGGCCAGCAACACCAGAGACAAUAACACAGGGGCCACGUACCCCCACCUGAACUUCAGCGUUCCCGUCACCGUGCUGCAGCCGGCCCUGCAGCGGUACAGGCAGACAGGUGACCUGGGUGGCCUCCGGGAGCUGGAUGGGGCCAUGGAGCCAGUGAAGGUGGUGUGGCGGCUGCAGCGGCCCCUGACCAAGGCGCCCCGCAGCAAGCUCUGACGCCUGGCAGCCCUCUGGUCGGAAGAGCCACUGCCUUACGCCCCAGGCGCGCCGAGGGAGCAGCCCCGGGAUCCCCGCACAGGGCACACCCCAGCUGGGCCGCUGCCCCAUCACCACCUCUCGUUCAGCUCUGAAAUCUGGUCCAUGCUUUCCUUCGGCCCCAUGGGUCUCCAGCCGGGCAGCCUGUUUGGGGGUGCUUUUUUGAGCCCUCACCUCCGUCUGGCCCCUGGCACUAGAUUCAGCUGUACUGUUUGGCCUUCUGAGGGGCCCCGUGCAAGUGCACAGCCAUCCUGGUCCUGACACGCGGGUGCUGGCUGGAGGGCCGGCCCAGCCCUGGUUUGCACCUGUUCACUGUCUGCUGAUGGCCACUGGCCGCCGGAGCAGCGGCUUCACUGGGGCAGGGGCUUCCUCGGAAACCCUUGGCGGAGCGGCGCGCUCUGAAGACCAAAGACAAAGGGAGAGAACGGCUUUCUGUUCUGCUACAUCUCUAGGUGGAGUCCCUGAAAGUUGUGGGUCUUCAUAAGUUGGGUGUCGCUGACCUCCAGGGGCACUCUGACACAGUGCCUUUACUUUCCAGCCCAUAAAAUGGGCCUCAGGGAUCUUGUGGGGUAGAAUGUGUCUGGUUGGUGGUGGGGAAUAAAGAGGGUGUUAUCCAAGAACUCUACUUCUGUACGUCAGGUUCUGGUUUUUUUUUUUUUUUUUGUCUCAGAAGUUGAAUUGGGAAUGGGAAACCACCAGGCACAGAAACACACCUUUUCUGUCCUGCUUUCUUGGUGGUGUGUCCUCAUGGGCUGCUCUCAUUCCAGACUUGGCCUGGACUCUGGUCACAGUGCCAGACAGCACUAGGUGGGGCUUGCAGAUCCCAGGGGGUGGUGGUCCUGACCUGGCAGCAGGGACUCGCAGAGUGUCGCAGGCUGUCUCCAGGCCUGUACUGGGUUGGGGAGUUCAGAGGUAUGGAUGAGGCCAAGGCUACCCCAAGGAGCUGAGACUAACCCUGCAAGUCAAGAACAUGCACUGUGUACCCAGGGCCCUACCCAUGUCGACCCUCAAGAAAUGACUAUGACGUCAUUGGCAGGCCGAAUGCCACUGGGGGGUGCCUGGGGUACUAAUUCUAAGCCAAAAGAAUCCGGGAGUACUUUGUUUCCAGCAUCUGUCUGUUGAGCGCCAACUGGGCAACCAAGAACUGUGAUGAUUGUUCUCCCCUGUACAGCUCAGGAAUGGUCCCAAGGGCCAAGCUAGCCUGAGAGAAACCCCACAGUAGAUUAAUGGAUGUAGAGGGGGCGAAGGCUGAGGUCUGACUUAGUUGGCAGUGGAAGGGGAACAUUUCUUCCAGUGGGUACCAAGGAGCUCGGUACUCUGGGGAGACCAGAGUGUCAGCCCUUUAGUGCGACGAGCAGGGCAGCUCUGUCCGCUUCGAUGGAAGGCUGUGUCCUGGGGCCUUGGGAGGGGUUCAGGCAAGGCCUCAUCAAGGUGUCUCAGGAGCUGAAGCCUGAAAAAGAAGUAGGGAUUUACUGAACAGACUGGAAACAGGGAGGGUGUUCCAGGUGGAAAGCAGCAGGAGCUGGGACGAGAACGUGAGAAAGCUUGUGUGUUCUGGCAAGUGCCAGGUGGAGGGCAAGUGGGAAGGGGUAGGAUUGAGCCUCGGGAGCCAGCUCCACUGGGGGGGGGGGCACGUGGGGGGAGAAGACAGCUGGAGCAGGACUGGUAGACGUGGAGAAGACCAUGUGAGGGCACAGGAGCAGGGGCAACGCCGAGGUGGAGAGAGAGAGAGAGAGAGCGCCAGCACAAGUGUGGGGGGUGGGGGAGAGGCAGAGGGAGAAGCAGACCCCCCAUUGAGCAGGGAGCCCAACAUAGGGCUUGAUCCCAGGAGCCUGAGAUCAUGACCUGAGCUGAAGGCCAUUGCUUAACCAACUGAGCCACCCAGGCGCCCCGAUUCCUGCUUCUUUUUAAAAAAUUAUUUUGGAACCAUUUUAAACAUGGAGAAAAGUGGAUGAGUCUGAUGUCCUUGACCCUCCUGAAGGUAACAGAGGAUGCGCCUUAGCCUCGGUUUGUCCAAGCUUCCUCCUGAUUUGAUUCAGGAUAUGCUCUGGUGGUGAUGUCACAUUAGUGCUGUCAUCUUCUUAUGUGUCCACUGGGUGGCCCGUGAUGUUUAUUGGUCCUAUUACAGGUGAUAAUGUUGAUCAUCUGAGUAAGGUGGCGCCUGCGAGGUUUCUCUGCUGUAAAGUUUUUUUUCCUCCUUUGUAAUUAAUAACUAUUUUGUGUGGAAUCACUAUGAAACAAUGUAAAUACACGGUUCUGUAUCCCACUUUCACCAUGAUGUUCACCACCUGUUUAUGCCUCUUGGCUGAGUAGCUUUAAUCAUUGCAAAAUGGUCAUUUCUUUAUUUUCAUUAUUUCUGCUACAUGUAUUAGUUGGCAUUCUAUUAUAAUAGCUUUCCCCUCAAUCUGUUUAGUUGUAUCUGUGUGGGCUCAUGGAUUCGUAUUUUUUUCAGUGAAUUAUAAUCUAUUAUUGUCAUUUAUUUUAAGGCCCAAACUAUUGGCUGGUGAGAGCGCCUUCAAACUAGCUUCUGUGUUCCUUCUUUUUGGCAUCUCCCCAUCGUUCUCUGAGGCCUGCCUUCAAAACAAAAUGUUCUGGGCUUGCCUUGUACUUUCCCUGGAACCAGACAUUUCUCCAGGAUUCUGUUUACUGGAGAAUGGUGUUUAGAAGCCAACAUCUAGGUAUAAGGGGUGCUUAUUGUUCCGAGCUGUUGCUGCUCCUGGACUCUCUCUCAGUAGAUCCUACAUGUAUAUUUAUUUCUGUCUCUGAAUAUGAUGAACCUGGAGUUAC